CCUGUAACAAUAUUGUUGUCUUUCGAAGAGGCGCCGGUGAAAGGGGUCACACUUUUUAAAACAGGGUGAUUUUUUUUUUUGAAAAGGAGAGAAAUUAGCAAACAUGGGUUCUGUUCAUGGAGGAGCUAUGAAAGAAACAAUGGAUGAAAAUAUGAAGAAGAAUCAGGAAUUUAUGUUAAAAACUCAACAAAUACAGAUGGGAAGACAGCUUCAAAUGCAGAAUGCUAUGAGAGAAAGACAGAUGUCCAUGCAGCUGGCUGGAGCAAGAGAAAUGUUUAAUUGGUUAGCUACAUUCUAUGGUAUUGCAACAAUUGUGAUGUUUGCAGGGUUCAUGAAAUCCAAAAAGCCAACUGUUUUAGUCCCCUUUCUUCCAUUGUCAUUUGUUGUUGGUUAUCAGGCUGAUUAUGUUUAUGGAAGCAAAGUCAGUAGAAUCAGAGAGGAGGCAGAACGUAUUAUGAAAGAAGAAUAUUCACUUCUCCAACUCCCAACUGGGAUGCCUGAUUUCAAAUCAAUUGAAGAAGCUCGUCUGAAGGCUGAAGGACAGUCCUCUUAAACUUUUCCAAUUAUCUGAAAAACUUCGAGUACUUUAUGACUUUCCAGGUUAUUCAUGACCCAUACAUACCCAGAUGAACCCAGUAACUGUGACCAAAUAACUUUUCUAGAAGAGAACUCACUUUGUUUAGCAUGGUUAUUUUGUUCUGCAAGUAUAUGUAAGGUUCAUAUGUGUCAAAAUUUUACUGAAAUUAGAAAACUUAAGUCUUGAA